AUGUCCGACCAACCAACCGUACCCAACGUAUUCCAACACCGUCACGCCUCCAAACCCUCUAUAUCAAGCACAAACUACACCGUAAGCACACCCGCCACCACGGAUCGCUCUAUAGCCCCUCUCCCCGCCGACGACAAUCCGAUUCUGCAUCCACGAAAAUUCGACUUCGUCAACGACACGGAAUUAUACAUUCAUGAAAACCGAGUAAUUCCCCGUCUAUUUUUCUAUGAGCCCGCGCAGGAAUUACAAAUUUCCCGCUUGAAAAUGUUGAAAGAGGGGUAUUUUGUUGGGCAUCCUCGGACGUUGGUUUUUAGUGUAGCGGGUGCGGUUGCUUCUGUGGAUGGUGGGGGUGAUGAGUCUCUGUUUAAGGCGGCGUAUUCGGUGCAUUUUGGUCCUGGGUCGAAGUAUAAUUCUACGGGUAAGAUUCAGGAGUCCGGGAGUAAGAUUGAAAUGCAGAAGAUUGCCGAGUUGGCUGCUGCGUGUGAGGCGUUGGAGUUGGUGGAGGAUAAGUGUAAGAUGAGGGUUCCGGGGUUUGAGGAUGUGGGUGGGGAGAUUGCUUCGGGGGGGUUGGUGGUGGCUGUUACGAGUAGUACGAAUUUGUGGUAUGGGAUUACGGAGCAUAUUUUCAAAUGGAAACGCAAUGAUUUCCACAACUCAAAAGGAGGUAAAGUUGUAGGAGAAGAAUUAUGGAAAAGACUCGAUGAAUGUAUGAAUAGAUGUGAGUUCAACCAGAUGAGAGUCGCGUGGUUGUUAUGUGAGAAGGAGGAAAAUCAAGCGGAGGAUGCUGCGAAGUUGGAGGUUGGUGGGGUUUAA